AAAAAAAAUUGACUGGGACGUGUGUGAUGUGUGCUGACGUCAUCACAUCACGUCCUUCACGUCUUUCAUUUUUUGCAGACUUCAACUGUUCAUGCGCCUUAUUGUUUGCAUUUGUAAUUCAAAUUGCAGUCGGUUUUAAAGGUUUAUAAUCAUUAUUUUCUUUUAUUUUUAUUUUAUAUUUUACCAUUUUUAUGGUUUUUUAAGUGUUUGUAUAAAUAGGUAAAGUUUGUUUAUAAAUAUACAUUUUGAGUUUUAGUUGCUCUGUUUUCCUUUUAUGCAGAGUAUAUGGGUUAGGGUUUCAUCUUCUUGGGGUGGUUUAUUUUCGUGUUAGUAAGAGUGUUUGAGUGCAUCAUUUUCGUUUAUUGCCUUGUUCUUAUCAUUUGUAAACCUAAAAAAUGGUUAAAACUCGUUCUUCAAUUUCUCCUUCGCAUUCUGUAAAGAUAGCUGCUGAUAAGAAGAAAAUGGAAAAUGUUUCUAAUGAUGGAGAUCGUGAUGAUUCUGAUCGUUCUGGUGGAUCUGGUGGAUCAUCUGAUGGUAGCCGUGGCUCUGCAUUGCAAACCAAGAGAAAAAGAGUUGUUGAGAAAGUGAAGAAGGAAGAUGUUCGAAAUGUGAAAAAGAUGAAGCAAGUUGCUGAAGAUUUGCCUGAGGAUUAUGAUAGUGAAGACUUGGAGGUUGAAGUUCGUAAUGAUUUGAAGGAAUGGGAUUUAUAUUUCAAGCCUGGUGAAAAGAUUCAGGGAAAAGUGAUGUUAUUCCCUAAUCAAGAUAACAUUGUUGUCAAAAAUAUUAAUUCCAAGUUGACUAAAGAUCAACGUAAGUUGUUUCGUGGUACUAGUUUUGGUUAUUUUUAAGAUAGUCAUCCUGUUGGUUUUCAGUCUCAACUAGUUCAUAAUGCCUUACAUAGGGAGGUAUAUCAGAAAAAUGAAAAAGAAAUGUGGUUUAAGUUUGGUGAUGAGAAUUUCAGAUUCAGUUUAGCUAAGUUUGCUGUUGUUUCUGGUUUACUGUGUGUUGGUGAUGCUGAUUUGACUAAGUAUACACACAGAGAAAAUGCUUUUGUUGAUCGAUAUUUUUGUGAUCAGACAGUGACUGUUAGUGCUGUUGAGCAUAGGUUUAUGUAUAGUGAUUUCAAGUCAGAUGAGUAUGCUGUGAAGAUGGUUGUUUUGUACCUUGUUACUAAUUGUUUGAUUAGUAGUGUUUACUCAAAAAAAGUUCCUGUUGAGAUUCUGAACAUAAUUGGGGUUGAUGAGUAUGGUAGUUUCCCAUGGGGUAUACCAGUGUUUGAAUUAACUUUGCACAAUUUAAAGAUUGGUCUGAGGGGUGUUAUUAAGGGAAAAGGUGUUUCUAAGCCUCUUGCUAAGGUUAAAGGGAAACAUUUGGAAAAGGGUCCUCGCUCUUAUAAACUUCCUAGUUUACCUUUUGCAUUCUUGUUUGGUUGUAUGAAACCAUUCCUUUGUGCUUGAAGGCUCGGUUUUGUUCCUAUGAUUCUGGUAAACCAUAUAGGUAUUGUACAUGGAAGAGUAUUGGAAAUCCAAAUUCAAGUGAAGUUGAGAAGAAAGUUCUAUCUUCAAAUAAGGUAUUUUAUAUAUUUUGUAAAUUGUUUAUUUGUUGUUUUUAUUAUAUUUUGUAAACUAAUUAUUUUUUUGUUUUGCUAGCUGAAAGGAAAACAUAUUGUGCCUACUGAAAAUGAAAGGAAUGGUUUAUUGGUCCUUACUGGAAUGGAGUUUAUUGGCCGAGAACAGUCAGAUGAUGACUUUGAUGAUGUUCCAUUGUCAAAGUUUAAUGUUGAUAGAGUUGGAUCUUCUGGUGUACAGAAGGAGUUUACUGGUGGUUUUGAUGUCGAUGGUGUGAUGCGUAAGAUGAAGAAUUUUGUUUCUAGGCAAAAGAAGACUGAUGAGUCUAUUGAAGUAUUGGAUAAGGUGUUGGAGGGUAGAUUCAAGGAGUUGCAGUUAAGUCUUCAGUUGUAUAUUGACUCAAAGAUCAGUGAAGGCUUGGUUUUUUUUUAUGGAAUUGAAGUUUAAUGAGUUGAAGGAAGCUAUUGAAAAUGAAAAAAUUUCUAAAGAUGGAAAUGAUAGUCCUGAUGAGAGUGAUGGCAAGGUUGGUUUUUUGAUUAUGUUUAUUUAUUAGUUUAUUUCAUGUUUCUUUUUUUUUCAUAUGUUGUUUUGAUUUUUUUUUUUUU